GCUUCUAUUCAUCACCUUCAAAACAUCAAUUCAUACUAUCAAAACAUUUUGUUUCGGUUUAACCAUCAUGGCUACAAACAAAUCUUUUACCAAACAAACAGGCGGCCUGGAAGUUGCCAAGACCUAUUCUUCGCACAUCACUGGCAAAACUAUUCUUAUUACGGGCGUCUCCCCUGGAGGCAUUGGCGAGGCUACAGCUCGUGCGUUUGCACACGGCGGUGCAUCUGUUAUUAUCGCUACUGGGCGCGAUAAAGCACGCGUCGAAGAGCUGGCUAGGCAAAUCUCCGCCGUGUAUCCAUCUACAAAGUUUCGCUGUGUCGAACUUGAUCUUGCCUCACUCCGAGACGUUCAUCGCGCCGCGAACGAAAUACUUGAUGAUAGAUCGAUCCUCAAGAUCGACAUUGUUGUCACCAAUGCUGGCAGCCAAUUUGGAAACCCUGAGCGCGAGCUCACCGCGGAUGGUAUAGAGACGCAUCUCGGUACCAACCACCUAGGCCACUUCCUCCUUGUCAAGCUUCUUCUUCCACGACUGCGCGCUGCCGCCGAAGUAAAUCCCCCCGGUGCAACCCGACUAGUUUCUGUUAGCAGUGAGGCAAGCCAUUUCAGCCCUUUCCGCUUCAGCGACUGGAAUUUUGAUUGCGAUAAAGAACUUCCCGACAACGAAAGGCCAAAUUGGCCUGUGCUAACAAGCAUGCUUGGAAUCUCUGAAACCUCAAAGUUCAAUUCUUAUGUUGCUUAUGGACAAAGCAAGACUGCCAAUGCUCUCUUCGCUGUUCACUUUAACCAAUUGUUUUCCAAAGAAGGGAUUUUUGCUUUUGUCAUUCACCCCGGAGGGGUACAAAGCACAGCAGCGAAGAGAGCGACUGCAGCUGCGCCAGAAGAAUACAAGGCGGCUUUCAGAGAAUUACUGUGGAAGAACAUCGACCAAGGAAGCUCAACAACCUUAGUAGCCGCCUCGGACCCUGGUCUAAACCCAGUAAAAGGCGUAUGGUUAGAAGACAAUCAGCUUGGCCACCCAGUGUCGUGGGCCGUAGACGAAAAGAAAGCGGAAAUGCUGUGGAAACUUUCUGAGGAGAUGAUUGUUGAAAAGUUAUCUUAGCUAUGUAUCGUCGUAGUACAUGGCUAGAUUUCAAAGACUUCAACAGCUAGACGUUAGAAAGGAGUAUGUGAUGCGUACGUAUUGUAUUGGCAAAACAUGGGAAACGAAUGAAGUGAAGGGCAAUCGGAUUGAAGGAGCUCGCAGAAAAGAUGGAAAAUAAAGGGAAGGCCGAUAGGCCUUCAAGCAACGUGGAACACACUCACUCAACAACAUCAAUGACAGCUACACAUAGCAACAAUACAACCGAUUUGUGUCGAGCGCCCAUUCCGAUAGAAAAUAACUGAACACUCUACUACAGCAGUAUUUAGGUUGAUACAAGACGUUGCGUAAAAAGAUAUAAC